GAAGGAGCAAGAAGGAGUAAGAAUUCUGUGGGCUGGCAGUCGUUGGUGGGCCCUGUGUUUGCAGACGAUCAAUCUUUCGUCCUUCUCCUUCCUUCCUUCCUACUGUAACACACACCUGCCACCCGCUAUCGUCUCUUUCAUCCAUAAACAUACAACUCCAGCCCAUAUAUAUCACGAACUGCACAGGAGCUUGGCUCCACUCGAUCAACAAACCACCGUCAAAGCUGUCAGCCUUUUAUCAGCCAACGCAUCCAUCAUGGGCGAGCCUCCGGACGGAUCCAGCAGUUACAAUGUUCCCUCGUCGGUAGCUAUGUCUGCUAGCUCCCAGCUGCCACCGCAUGGUUCACCCAGCUCUUCAAGCGAAACACUUUUAACCUCCUCAUCUCGGUCUUCGUCCUCUUCAGGUCCGAAUCUUACGACGCCUGAACUCCAGCCACACGACCACCAACUCCCACCCGUCUUCCACUCCCACAGCCCAAACACUUCUCCUUCUGGGUCUACGACAAGCACAGCGCAUUCAAAGGGGGAAAGCACUCCUCGAGCAGAGAUCAGUGCUCCGGUGUGGCCCUUGUCUACAGCGUCCGACAUUACCGACGUCUAUGAGGAACCAUCAACAAUGACUGGUAUCGGACCCAGUUUUAACGAGCAGCCACCAACUGUAUCUCGCUCUUCAUCACUCAAACGAGGGAAUAGUUGGAGGAAAAAGCAUGCCAGUCUCGAUACUCCUCCAACUGCCCCCCGUCAUGACCCUUCUUUUCCAAGCUUUACUUCUCUGAGCCAGAUUCCACCUCUAUCUCAACCACCCCAAUCUGAUAUUAGUUCGCCCGUGAUCGGACCACCAGCAACUCAGGCCCCAUCUACAGCAGUCGCAUAUGCAGAAGCUAGGCGCUUUUCGAGAGGUUCUCAGGCCUCUACAUCUAGCCAGGACAAAUGGACUCGAGCUCAUUCUCCCUCUUCUGGAUGUCAGAUAUCUGCACCUAUCUCACCUCCCGUGGGCUACCCUCUUUCAUUUUACUCUAGCGGGAGGCGAAACUCCUCGUCCUCCGGUCUUGCACCCCCUGCCUCGUCUGCUGCAAGCACGGCCUCGUCAUCCUCCGGCAGAAGCUCUGGUCGGAAUAUUUCUACGCCACCCCAAGCGCCGAGAUGGGCUCAGCCACCUGCUGUUACCAACUCGUACUCUGGUAGAGCACUUUCCUUCGGUUCUGGUCAAAGUCGCCCAGAUAUCAACGUGGAUGAUUUUGAUCCGGAGCUGCUUGAAGGUGCCGAGGAUGAGUGGAUUGAGAUGAUCAAGGGCUCGGAAGGGAGGAUUGCCAUUAAGAGUACGCCAAGUGUGUAUGAUAUAAUGGUUUGGCUCCCAGGCUUUUCGAUCGACAACAUCACCAUUGCCACUCGAGGACAUCGAACAGUUCAUAUUGUGGCAGAUCAAUGGGAUGAAGGCGAUCACGCUCAGUGGGACAUCAAAUUGGGUGAAGAUGCCAAUCUGAAAUCUGUCAACGCCAAAUUCACGGGCAAGGAGUUACGUGUGACGGUCGCCAGACAACUUCCUGAGUGGCAGAUAGCCCGUAAUUUGCGACUGUCAAAUGCCGCAACCAAGCGUCCAAAUCCUUGUAGCGGUCCAAGUAUCACUGCUACCAACAUCAAUCCUCUUGAACGCGCUACUGCAGCACGCAGUCGAGUUUAGCGUACUGUACCCAAAGUUUCUCCGCGACAAUAUAUAAUCACAACUCCCUAUAAUGCGCCUCGAAUAUUUCCUGCAUGUGCCAUUACGACUUCUCGCCUCUGCUGUCCAUCAGCUGGGCGCAUGUUACCCCCGCAUUUCGAUCUCAUUGUACAUAGAUUGAUCGGAAUCAUUCUUCCUUAUAUUUCGGCCGUCUAUCAUAGCUGAAGUUUUGGAAGCCUGUAGCAUCAUCAUACCAUAUUAAUUUUUCCUCCCGAGCUUCAUUUUUUAUACUCUCCUUCUCUGUGACCGACUUGUUUCACGGACAGCUUUUCAGUAUUUUUUUUUUUUGUGAUCAAGGCGAUACAUAGCUGUCAUCUACAAAAGAUACGAGAGCAGUACGCGGGCAAGGAGAAUGCAUCUCCAUCGAAAGAAUAACAAGCAAGUGCAUAAGGUGUCCAUACGUGACUGCGUUUUAAGUAAUACUUCUU